AUGCCGGUACCGGGAUACUUCAUUAUGAAACAAGGUCGUCAUUCCGAACGGGACUGGGACGAGUCGCAAUUCAUGAUUUCGGUUACACGGUCAGUGACGCGCGAGCUGUCGACGCCCUAUGAUACUGUCGCACCAACAACCUUCGGGAUAUGGAAGGCAUCUUGUCAAGAUGAGUCACAUGCACCUCCAGAACGAAACAGAGAAGGCGCAAGAUCGAGAGGAUAA